AGUAAUUUUCUAAAAAUGGGAACGGAAAAUUAACGCAAGUUCUGUGGUUGGCGCACAUCGCCUGUACCCACUCAGUACCCCCGUGAAUCCAAUCCAAUCCACGUCUUUGGCGGCAAAAAUGUCUGUGCUGUAGAGCAAUUUAACGUCUGUGAACGAUGUGGAACUAUGAGACUUCUAGAAAUGACCAACAUCUGUACGAAACUUUGACCGUACUUACCAUUAACGCAGAUAAUGUUCCCUUUGUGCGGUGCUGCGUUUUUGAUGGGAAUCACCUGGCCAUCGCCGUGGACAAUGCGGUACAUGUUUUUGAUGAAAACUACGAGACCGUCUGCUUACUGUCGUUUCAAACGUGCAUCGAUGCGAUAGCACUGCGAAGUGGUUUGCUUUUCGUUGCUGAUCGGAACUUUAAUCUCCACGUUGCUAAAACAUGCCAAGGGAAAGUUGCUUACACAACGCAAGUAUGUACAGCACAGGGCAAUCUCGAAAGAGUUUCAUUCCAAGCAGUUGCCAUCACGCAAAUGGAUGCAGAUGACUACAUGUUGUGUUUGCUCUUUAAAAACAGUUCACUUUUGUUGUGUAAAUUUCGUAUUGGUGCACUGAUGGAGACGCUGCAAGACUGUGAAAUGACAGAUUUUUUCAAAUUUGUCAUCGUAGACGUUGAUACGAAGGCACCUGACGAUUUUGAGAGUACAUUAUGCGUUUGCAACGAACAAUUCCUAGUAGCAGGGAAUUCACUGUUGUAUGUUCCUCACCAAGGCUCGCCUUACCGUUUGUUUGCUGAAUUUCCGGGAGGGCCAAUUGUCAAAAUGAUUGCCAGUCAAGAUGGACGCUCCGUAAUCAUUUUGAGUAGUGAGGGAGAUUUGUUCACCGUCUGCUCAAAAACAUUUAUCGUAUCUAGCACUUGGACUGGAAAGCAAAUCAAAGACUUUGUCCUCGUGGAAAAGGAAGGUAAUGAGUCGCAAGUUGGAAUCCUUACCAAGCAGCUUCCGGAAAGUACCUGCAAUCUCCAGAUUUAUUCGUAUCCCACUCUGGAGUUGUUAUAUUCCCUCAAUGUUUCUCACUUGUGCUUACUUGGCACAUUUGGCCCCAGCAAGGAAGAGUUGUGUAUUGUGCAAGUCAUAGAAGACAAGCAAAAGAAUGUUGUCAGAAUUCAGGUGGUCCGUGAAACUCUACCCCAAACUCGCCUCGCAAAUCUGAUAAAGAAACGCAAGUUCCUGGAAGCCCAAGAAUUUGCACAUCUGUUUGGCAUCCCUGUUGAACAAGUUCACUGGCAGCACUUGUCUUAUCUCCUAAAAGAAGUGUGUGUGAAUGAAGGAACAGUUGACGACAUCACUUCUCUCAUUCGGAAGCUACCUGACAAACCACGAGCAGCAAAAUGCUGUAUUGACGCAGUUCCAGCAUGUCCAAGUUCUGCCCGGCAACUCUUUAAAUUCCUUCAACAACACACACUGGAUAAUUUAAACUGCGUUGAGUAUGACAACAUACAUGCAGAAAUAGCAUCUGUUCUCAACAGGGUCACCACGUUUGAGCUGAUGCUCGCGGACGACAGUAAAUGGCUCACGUUUUUAGAAGCUGACCUCGUGGAAGGCAUCUGCACUCUCCUCCAAGCAGAAGACAUUUCUAGAGCUGUACUGGUGUGGAUGCGGCACUGUGACGAGAUUCGCCUAACUCCACAAUCUGUGGGACAGAUUUUAAAUGCCGUUCCGGCAACCAUGACUGCGGCACAAAUCACAGACUGGUUUAGCGGCGGUUUCCUGUCUCGCGUCAUCUACCAAGCACAUGAUGCGAUGGAAGAUGUUUGUCUGUGGGUCAUCCAUAAGGUGGUCUCGAUGGAAAUGAACGAAAAAUCAGCCUGGCCUUCUGGAGCUCUACAACUCCUGACUGUUGUACCAGAAUUGUACGAGUCUCUCCAGUUGGACUCUACACUCCUGACAGCCCAGUCAUGGAUUGCUGUGCACAGCAUGCCAAGGCUUAUCAUGACUGAAAACAGUUCGUUCUACCGCCUCUACUAUUUGCUCUCCGACUUAAAAAACUUACAAGUACUUUGGAAGGAGCAUGAAUGCUAUCUGACCCUUCAAGAACUCCAAAAUCCUGAUGAACAAGAGGUGGUCUUCUCUAUACUCGAUGCUGUUACUACCCACAGUGCUACCUCCAAAAUAAUCGACAAAUUUUUGCUGCCUCAUCUCAAGGGCAGAAACGUGGAUGCAUCCAAAGUCCUCGCGGCAUAUAUUGACGAGGUACUUAUUUGCUCACCGUGCACGUGGUGGGAAAAUGCGCCAUGGGAAGACAAGGUUACGGCCAUUACAAAGUUUAUCAGCGACCCAAACACCUUGAUGGAGUCUAUAGAGAAAAUUUUAGCGCAGGCACCUUCACCAUGGAGUGAGAGCAUUGACGCACUCGCAAGCCAAGCGGAGCUCCUCAGCUUGGAAGCCAGCGACCGAGUGAAUGCACAACGGAGAGUUGUGCAGGUUAAGGUAAUUCUUAGAGAGUACAAGAUGCGCAGCGUAAACUGCACUGUUUUCAGUGACAUGAAGACCGUUAUCAAAAAUAUUCUGCUGUCUGGAAAGCCCAGUUCCCUAGCAGAUGCGCUUGAAAUUGUCAACAACAUUCAAAUAGCCACAACGGAGGACGUCUACAUGUGGCACCUUCAGAAUGUCUUCUUAAGUGGUCACGCUGACAACUUUGCAGAUGCCUUACAAUCUCUUCCAGAAGGCAUCUUUGAGAAAGUUGGAUCAAGAGUAGCUAACUUUGGCUGGCUUUAUCUUUCACGAUACCACAGCAUCUACAGCCCCAAAAUGGACGAUGUUGCAGAGUGCUGCGUCUACCUCCUCGACAUGCUGCAUGAAAGGACUUGCGAUAGUGUCUUCCAUCAAAGAAGAGACCAAGUUGCUUUAAUGCAUAAAUUACGCAAGGAGUUUGGCAUUAAAGAGAACCUAUCUGAUGUUGCAUCCAUGCCAAAAAGACACACUGUGUUACAGAAGGGUUUUCAAAACUGUGUUAACAGCUAUGCAGGUGUUGAAGAGCUUUGCAAGAAACUGCUCACCAUUAGCAAUGUUCUCAAACUGGACCGAGAGUCUGCAAUCGAGACACUUAUACAAGCCGCAUUGAAGAGCAGGCACCAAGACCUAGUAAAAGUACUUUUCCAAACCUUGUUUGAUGAAAACAAGAGUUACAAAAUUAGCACUUCAUUACUGAAAGCUAUGGUCUGUACAAGUGGAGAUGUCUUCACUUUAACCUCCAAUCUGCACCACUGUGCAUCAAGCGUGUUAUCUGUGACUCCAGGUGACAAAAUACGAGAAAGCAUGGAGAUAAGCCAGUGGAUACAUUUUCUGCUUGAGAACUAUAAUGCGAGUAACCCUGAUAAGGCCACAACAGAUCCAUACUCAACAUUGAAGUUAAGUUGUAUGUAUGAGACUAGGGGAUUUGCCCUAGAGAGUAGCCACGACUCUAUUCAACGCCUCAGCACACUUCUAUGGUUGCCAGAUGUCAACAAGCUACACACACACUUGAUAGAGUCCUUCACCAGUGCCUAUAGCCAGCUGAGUGAAAAGGCUCAGACAGAGAUGUGCCUUCGCCUCUGCACGAUUAUUAAGCAACUUUCGUGUGAAAUACAAGAGCAUGAAGAGCAGGCUGUGAAGGCCAUGAUCAUGAGAGCGACCACAGAAAAACACAUGGACUUUAUCUUGGUUGCUGGGCUCUUGAGCAGUCUUCCUCCAUCUGAGGCAUUGAUGCUCAUGAAGCAACUUAUCUUUCAGACUGGUACAAACUAUAGGCUAUUGAAGACUCAAGUAGCCGUUGCCAGGAAGGUAUCUGUUGCCAAGGGAAUACCAGAGAUAAAAUCCAAGUUGGACACUCUCUUCCGCAAUGCCUUCUGGGGUCGCAGGCUCGCAACAUUUGGGAUUUCCUUCAAGAAUGCCCUCUUGUCAUCUGACACUGUGACACGGCAGAAUAUCCUAGAUGAAAUGGCAGUGAUGUCUGUUGUUGACAUAGAAACAAUACGAGAUUACUGUGUGGAAUACGGACUUAGUUUCGAGAAUGUGAUGGUCAAGAGGAUAGACUACCUUUUGAAGCAAGCGGGAGAAAUGUUCUGUAAAGGUGAAGGUGUCCCUCUUGAGAAUGUGGAGAAAGCACUGGAGUUUAUCUCCCCUGAACAAGCUGUCAAGACCCUUAGAAAACUGCUAGGAAAGGUAGAUCCAUACUGUUACGAAAUUAUCAAGUUUGGAUAUGGUUACAUCAGCAAGAUUUCCAGAGUAAAUGUUGAGCGCGAAUUGCGAGUUAUAAACUUUGUCGCGUCAUAUCGUAGACUCGCAAAGCCCACGGCAGCGGAAAUGGAUGCGUGGUUCAAUGAUCACCCUGAAUGCCAAGAAAUCCCAGCCGUGGCUCAUAAAAGACUGCCAUUUCACUGGUUGCUGCACAAGUCACCAUGGAAAUUUCUCAAUGAUGAGAUCUAUCCAGAAACAGUGGCUCUGUGGCUGAACAUAGCAGAUGCUCUAGAGCUAGAUGAUGCGCAGAUAAGAUUUGUGGCCAUCGAGAAUGCAGUGACACUGUGGAGCUCUCGAAAAGCUAACAGAGACAUCUUGGACAUGAAGCUUAUAUCAACGAUCCACCGCCUUAUGAGUGAGAUUGAAGACACGGACAUGGCUCUUGCAUGUGUAGCGACUGUGAUCAAGGGCCUUCCCAAGGGUCAAACCAGAACUAAAGCAGCAGAAUUGGGCACUACACUCGCAUUCCAUUAUUCCCAAUUGGAGACACCUGUGCCUGCAGCCCACAAGAAAUACCUUACAUUCAAUAAGCUCUAUAUGCAAUACAAGGUUGAACAAGCCCUGUCCCUGAGAGGCCUAGACACACCAGACUACACAGCUCUUGUCUCAAAACCAGAGGAACUUGUACAAAAGCUGCUAGAGAACAACCAGUGGCAACGCCUCUUUUCAAAUACAACCACUGUAUACGAGUGCAUCCAAGAAAUUGUUGAAAACUGUGGAAUACAAGACCUCCGCGACAUCCUCACGAAAAAUGUGGAAGGUUGGUUGAACUGCUGCUCAAUAGCGGACAUGACCCUGGACCAGUCGAUGGACUUGCACUUUGGUCAAGACAGGUCUGAAGAACAGGUAGCGUUUACAAGGUGCAUCCACCUGAUGCAACACCUUCCACAGAAAGAAUCCAAGAAGAUGCUUCGGGACAUUAUCAACAAUGGCAGCAGUUACUUUGGCCUGCAGCAGGAAGUGGCGGGGAUGCAGUGUGCCCUUGCCAGCUUUGGCAAAGAAGACUGCGAGGACCUCUUUGCUCUUCCUUUCGCCACUGCGAUAUCCCACUUCCUGUGCAUUUCUUACAAAGCCAGGCUGCAAGACCUCGGAAUACCACUUCCCCUAGAGGACCUUGAUAAAGCAAAAGCGGCACAAUUAGCUCGGAACAUUAUAUCUUGCAGAGGUGAAAAUCCUAAAGCUAUAAAGCUUGUCUUCUUGCUCUGUAUGGAGUUUGAGGUUGACUCAGCUGACCUAUGGAACUCCCUCUUGAGUAAUGCAGUUGCACUCAACAUGGUUGACCUUCUAAUGGCCAGUCUCCCAACAUUGGGGCGCAUCCCUGCAACGUGGCACAUGGCAGCCUUCCAGAACGCGUGGCGGACUGUUCUUAAGAGGGAGGUCACGCGAGAAAGAUGCAGCCUACUACUCCGGUGCUCAGUCAUACAUGAUCUUCCGUUGGAGAUGUUUGCGCAAGAAGCAAAGGAUAGGGUCUUGUUCUCGCUCAUCUGCACAGUGUUGCAAGCAAAAGGCAACUAUGACAAUGUCAUGGACACAUUUUUAACUUCUCUCCCACAAUCUUUGCUCGAGAAACUUGCACACACCGAGGACAAGGGCAGUUGGCUUUUCUUGCAAUUGCCACAAGUGAGGCACGCCCUGUGUGACUUGCCAUCAUUCUAGCUCUUUCAGCUUACAAAUAAAAACAUUUAACCAUGUUUCGUAUUUUAGCACGGCGUAGUGGGACAUUGCUUGUGUCCACAGCCAUUCAGACUUGGAACUUUGUAGUAACAUAUCCAACAGGUAAAACAAGAGCUGAGGUAUCAACUUCCCGGGAAAAGGUGCACAAUUUUUCUCUGUGGUUUAUCCAUUUUUCCCUGCUACUUUCCCCAUGCCUCAGUUUUAACGAAAGAGUAUCUUCCUCUGGAGUUUCUGAAAAGACUUGUCCAGAUCUGUAAACUGAAAUCUGGAUAAAUGGGUGUCGACUGUA